AUGCAGUUCCUCAAUCUUACUGUUGCAAUUGGCCUUUCGGUCUUUCCCAUAGCCUUCGCCGGGCCUGUUCAGAACGGCAGGACUACUACUGAGACUUGGCAUGGUAAACCAACAACUCUCACUGCUGCCGACCAUACCUACACUUCUCCUCGCGUUCCCACCAUCACUGUCAGCGCUAUUCAUGAUCAUUCUAGUGUCCAUAGCGAUGGUGGAACCAGAGUCUUCACUGAAACCUGGGAUGCUCACUUCACCCAGGACGAUGGCGAAGUCAAGACCGUUCCUAUCAAGACUGUGACACUCACGUACGUCGACGGUACACUUGCCAACAUUCCUGGCACCUUGGCUACCAAAACUGCGCGUGAUGCUAGCUACUCGGCCGCCACCGGGGAAAACCCCCCCGAGACCAUCACCAAUGACGACGCCGAGGUUUCGACAUUCCUGACUCAGACUCUGACAGGUGCCUUUCAGCCUGCCGCUGUUGCCAAAGACCACACCAGCGUCAGCAUGUGGACCGAGACCACCACUUACACUCAGACGGUCGCCGCCACGACCAUGAAUAUCAGCGGCACUCCCCAUACAUUCACCGAGUGGAUACAGACUAUCACCUGGACUAAGCUUGUCACUACUCACAUCACCGUGCCUGACAGGAUCGCCUACUACACUUCUCCGGUUCCGGUUGACGAACCUCCCUUCGCUACAGUUACGACCACGGGAACCCCAUGUUUUGACCACCUGGCAGGCGCUGGCUGUACUCCCUUUCCUCAGUAG